ACAGACAGUUUGGAGGAAAGAACCUAGAGAUUAUAAAUCAUGAAUUGAACAUGCAAAAUUCCCGUAAAAUGUAGAAGUGGAAUAUGCUUCGCUCUUAACCUUGAGCCUAGUGACUUAGAGACACUAAGUCAGUUUUCCAAUAAGACUGUGGACUUCCUGCUUGUUCACUGAACUGCUGGGUCAAAACUCGAUGAGGUGAAUUUUGCAUUAAAGAGUUUACUUGCUAACCAGUUUUGAAUAGCCACGAGAGUGCUAUUUGAUAUCAUGUCAGUGGUAGUGUACACAUUUGACUGUUAAGCAUUUGGGCUCUGUAACACCUGACGGAGCCUUAAGUCAAUGUUGCUAAAUACUGAACUGUUCUGGAUGGUUGGUAAUGCUGUGGACGCCUCAAAAUUAGGACUGUACAAGAACAUACGUUCUAUCUAAUUGCAGGUUUAAAGUUGUUGGAAACAGUAUAUAUUUGAUCACAACUAGCAUGUAUAAGGAAAACUAGUUGUGAUAAGUAUUACUCUGCAUGUUUUCAUGCAGAAAUGAGAUUUUUUUUGAUCUUCUAUAUUAACUGAUCUCAAAUGCUCUAUACGGAAGGCACACAAUGACAGCUGUCUUCAGUGUUGGUGGGGUGUUCUUAUUCCUUUGUACACCUGUUUUUUUUGUAUUGCACUUCUAUAUAAAAUGUGCCUUGAAAUAGUUGUAAUAUAUAGUUCAAGGAACACUAUUGGUUAUAUUGUUGUACUGUGAAACUCCUGGGAUGAACGAGAAUCAAACAGGUUGUUGUUGCUGCAUUGUCUCGUUCUCUGAAUUAAAAAAAAAAAAAGACACUAUUUUAACAAAGCACAACAAGUUAAAUGCAUGCAUUUUCCUUGGUGGAAUCAGUGAAGGAACCUUUGCUACUCUGUUGAUGCCUCUGUUCUGUUGUCCCAAGUUAUUUGUUAAGAGUAGCAACAGGGGACAGCUGGGAGUGCAGAUCUGAGGUGUGUAAAGUGAAAUGCAGAUUUGAUAUAGCAUUUGUAUAUUUUUUAUCUUGGCAAAUUGAGCUCUAGUAAACUAAGGUUUUGAUUUUUCACAUAAGCUGGGCGAUAUUUUAUGGCUGUCUGAUUCUAGAAAAUGCAGUUUUAAGUUUAAAAGAGAUUCAGCUGUCCACAAGAGGUGAUGUAUUCUCUUUCAAUGAUUUUAACUAAGAUAAUGUUACGUAUUUUUAACUUAAAAGUAUCACUUGUGCUUUAGAUGGAUUAAUAUGGGAUCGAAGAUUAGUGUACUUAUGCAGAUUUAUUUUUUUGCAUGAGUAAUGAUUUAACAGCAAAGAAAAGCAUCUAGAAAAACUUUUAAGUGAUUCAUCUGGGAUUAUUUUGCUAUAGCAGAGUCUAAGAUUUUAAUGAUCUAGCGUCAAAACAGAGGUAAGACUUGCAUUAAUAAAUUGUUAAUGUGUUGCCAAGGCAUUUGUACAGCUUACUAUAAUGUGUUGAUAGAGACGUGCCAUGUAGAUUGCUUGUUUUACUUGGAGUUCAGAAAUGAUUUGAAUACUAUUAAGUACAGGUUGAUUGGUUUCCUCAAGUUCUCAGACUCUUAAGUGAGACAAAACAGAGACACGAGUAACUAUUACCAGCUUCCUUCAAGCAAAAGUGUCAAAUUUUUGUCACUUCUGUAGUUAUGUUGUGCUUUAAUAUGCAUCACAUAAUUAUAAGUUGUGGUGUGAAUGUGCAUAAUGAAAUAUGCAGUAGUUGGAGUAGAGAAGAUUUAGAUUUCCUGGUAUAGAAUUGAAGCGAUCUUCAUAACUGGUCAUGAUUUUAUUGAUAUAUUUUUUUAAAUAUUUCUGAAAGGGUAAAGAAAUGGUUAAUCAUGUAAAGCAUGUGUAGAAUUUUUAAUUCUUUGCCCUUCUUCCCCUUCUUGGUUUUAAUUGUCCUUCUUUGUAUGCAACCACUCUUAUUUCAUGAUAUCUGACCUAGUAUUUAAAAGAGCUGAUGCUUCUAUCACAUCACCAACUUUGUGUGUUCUUAAGGUAAUACGUUGACUGCAACACUAAGCACUGUUAGUUCUGGACCUUAACCAAAGAUAAGAGUGUAUAGUGUAAUCCUUACUAAUGCCUAGGGAGAGGAAUAGAAGGGCAUAUGAUUGAGGGAAUGGCUAUGUUAAGCUCUUUUAACCAUCACUAUACAUACAAUGUACGUUUGAAUUAAAAAUCAGUAAUAUCAAUUGCAAAAAGCUUAAUACAACAAACACUAGCUUUCUGAAACUUAACCACUUAAUUCUUCCAGGUUUUAUUGCAUGUAUGUUCAAGAGGAUUUGUGAAAACAAUGCCACGUUUAGUUUUAAAGCUAGUAGGAAUUACUUUUUAUAGUUACUGGAUUUGAUAUUCUUGCAUGUGUUGUCUUCUAUGUAAAUUGCAAGGGAAGGCUACUUGGUGCCACGCUAACUCAGAACAUCUGGAAAAAACUUGAUGGAAAGAAAUAGCAUUAUAGGUAACUAUGCAAAUUUCUAUACAGGUAAUAAAUAUUUUACGUUUUGGCAGGAAUUACAUGAAGGAAUUAAUGAGAUUUUUAAAACUGUCCCAAUGUCCAGCUACCUGGUACUUCUAAUUCUGCAGGUGACAUUGUUUUGUGGAGAGAAAAAACAGUAAAUGACUUCAGCACUGUGAACUCCUUAAACUUGCAGUGAACAAUGAAUACAGUAACAAGGAUUUGCAAAUGCCUUAAAAUCAAUACACGUCUGCCUAAAAGCUUUUGGGGAUACAUCACAUUGGUCAUCUCCAAAGUGGUCCUGCUUCUUUGCACAGAAUGAACAUCUCUAAGAAAACUUGCAUCUUGUGUUACAUGGAUUGUAUUAGCUCAACACAAUCUAAACUUCAAGGACCCGACAUUGGACAUCACAUCAAGAAAGAAAACAGGUUGCUGCCUUUAGCAGAAUUGCAGGCUUCCAGGACCUUAUGCAGCCAGAUUCCUUCUGGAGCAGCCCAUCUGAAAGAUUUGGGGGAGUCAGUUGGAAAAUGCUCAGUGAGGCAGAGUUCGCAGAGCUUAAAAUUGUUUAAGGCUUUAAUGUUUAAAAGCCAAACAGGCAAAAAGUUAAUGGCGAAGUGUCGAAUGCUUAUCCAGGAGAAUCAAGAGCUUGGAAGGCAGCUGUCCCAAGGACGUAUUGCACAGCUUGAGGCAGAGUUGGCUUUACAGAAGAAAUAUAGUGAGGAACUUAAAAGCAGUCAGGAUGAAUUGAAUGACUUCAUCAUCCAGCUUGAUGAGGAGGUAGAGGGUAUGCAGAGUACCAUUCUAGUGCUUCAGCAGCAGUUGAAGGAGACUCGCCAGCAGUUGGCGCAGUACCAGCAGCAGCAGUCCCAGGCCUCCAACCCAGGUACCAGCAGGACUCCAUCUUCUGAGCCUACAGACCAGGGAGAGGCUGUGGGUAAAGACUGCAGCCGCCUGGCUAACGGACCAAGCAAUGGUAGCUCCUCCCAUCAGCGGACGUCUGGGCCUGGAUUUUAUAGGGAGGGUAGCAGCACAGAAGAUGACUUCCCGGCUUCUCCAGGGAAUGGUAAUAAGCUGUCCAACCACUCUGAAGAUAGAACUGGUAGAGGAGGUGGUAGCUACAUAAACCAACUCAGUACUGGGUAUGAAAGUGUAGACUCUCCCACUGGCAGUGAAAACUCUCUCACUCACCAUUCAAAUGACACAGACUCCAAUCAUGAUCCUCAAGAGGAGAAAACAGUAAGCAUGAAAGGUAACAGAACUGCGGGUUCUCGGCAUGUCCAGAAUGGUUUGGACUCCAAUGUAAAUGUGCAGGGUUCAGUUUUGUAACAUUUUUCUGCAGCAUUUUUAUACAGUGUCAUUUAAAUUGGGAGAGGAUACUGUUCAGAAGCCGUUAUUAAAUUAGUGCAUACUUGUCACAAUUUUUGCCUUUUUGUGGAUUUCUUUUUGCUUCAAUACCUCUGCCACUUUGGGAAUUUUAACAGUUAAUUACGUUGAAUGUUGCUAAAAGGACAUUUGUGUAGCUCAAGUUAUUUUUAUAUGAGUUAAUGUGAAGUUGAAAUGGAAAUUAUUUCCAUAAAGUAUAACAUAAAUGAUGUCUGUACAAAUCUGUGUAUAUCUAGAACCUGUGCUGUGUAAGGGCAUUCUUACUCAUACUGUUAUACUUAACACCACCUUCGAGAUUUGUCAUAAUAGCUGUGGGUUUAUGACUGCCAAGUUUGCCCAGUACAGUAGUUUUAUCACUAAAAGAUGGACUUGCUGAAGGAGUCCUUUAGUAGUUUCAGUGUUAAUUACAGUUUUUUCCCACCAUACAUCUGUGCAUUUUCUCCUUAGGUGACCGAAUGUUUAUGAAUUGUGUGCAUAGUUACUCAGUUUUUAAGAACUGUUGUAUCCUGUUUAUGCAUAUUGCUCUGUGACUCCAAUAUUAUCUUACCUGUACUGACCAAACCUAAAUAAAAACUUUUAAUAAUGUAA